AUGGAUCAUGCACAUGUACAGGAUAUCGGACUGUUUUUGAUUUUAGUAGAUUCUUUUUCUGGAUGGCCGGAAGUUAUUAAGGUAAAUAACCGUGAAGCGACCACUGUAAAGGCAGUACUACAAAGUGUUUUUUCAAGAAAUGAAGUUCUAGAGGUUUUAGUAUCCGAAAAUGCUGCAGAAUUUCAUGAUACCACCUUACACCAGUGGCUAAAGAAAAUAGGUUGUGUACCUUAUAAGACUCCACCAUACUAUCUUCAAUCUAACGGAGCAGCUGAAAGAAUGGUAGAGACAGUUAAGAUGGGUUUAAGAGCUUAUUCACCGGACAAAGGUUUAUUAUGUGGAUAUUUAAGCAGAAUGCUUUUAAGUUACAGAACAAUAUCUCAUGCAGGAAGAUCAAGGAGUCUUUCCGAGAUGAUGGGAAGGCAGUUGAGAUCCCCUCUCACCAUGAGUUUCGAAAGUGGAACACCUUUAUGGUACCGCAAAAGACCAGAGUCCAAACCUGAACCUGCCUCAUUCAUCUCUCAGGCAGGUCUAAACACUGCGAUCAUAUUAACGAAUAACUCUUCGGGUACAUUAGCACACUGUGACCAAAUAAACAAACGCCUAAAUGAGCCUAGUAUACUUAUGAAUAAUGAAGACAGUAUGCGGUAUGAUCAUAUCAAUAAUGAGAAAAUCGAUCCAUGCAAUAGUGAUAAAUCUGAUAUGUCCGAACUACGUGUUGCUAAAGAAGAACCUAAGCAGAACACGGUCGACAAGGGAGCAAAAGCCAAUACGUUUCAGGGAUGUGAAGCCUAUAGUACAGUGUUUUAUUAA